CUUAUAGAAAAUAAAACAAUUCAUAAAAUUAAUUUCCACUAUUUAUGGGCUUGAUUGAUGACAAUGAUUCAGCUUUUUUAUAAUUUAAAAUCUCUGAAUCCGACUUUGCUACCCUAUGGCUAUUAAUGUAAUUUCUGUCAAAAACAUUCAGCUUAUAGCUACAGCACUCAAGGGAGACAGUGGCAGAAGAAUUCCACCAUGGCAGUCUGAACUCAUGUCGUUCAUAUAUUCUGGUGGGAUGGAUGAAGCUUUAGAAGGGCAGGAACAAUUCAAUACAAGAAAUAACAUGUUAAUAGAAAAAAAAAAAAAAAAAAAAGAAAAAGAAAGAAAAAAAAAAAAUUAAUAGUUAAGUUAUCGGGAAAAGUGUAAGCAUUCACAACAAUUAUUGUUCAAUAUUCAUUUUACUUUAGGAAAAAGGUAUUGCUAUUGUCAAUGCUGCAGUUUUGGGAAUGGGUUUGUUGACAAAUAAUGGCCCACCAGACUGGCAUCCUGCUGGAUCUGAAUUGAAAGCUGCAUGUGAGCAGGCAGCAAAAUACUGCAAAGAAAGAGAAGUUAACAUUUCCAAACUUGCAGCCUGUUACUCAUUUUCUCAACCUGCUAUUGAUGUUCAUUUGAUUGGAAUGCAAAAAAAGUUGCUCGAGAUGAAUCUACAUUCAAUCAUGAAUGGUUUAACAUCUUAUGAAAAAACUAUUCAAGAUGAAGUAUCAAAAAAAUUUUUUGAAAAUCUUUCAGUGCCACAUUGGGAAAACAAGGAAGUUCAGUCUUACUGGGAAAAGAUGAAAGAAAUUAAUACAUAAUAUUUAGUUUCUUUUUUUUUUUCCUCUCUCAUUUAUGUCUAAUGGGGUGUUUCAUUUUAUAAGGCAAAAAAUAAAAUGUAAAAUUUUUGCAGUCUUUUUUAACUUCCCGAGUCGCUGUGAUGUAAAAGUUAUUUUUGCUAAAUUUCAAGAACAUUGCACACUUUGAUCAGUUUUGUAAAAGUAAUUAAAAAAUGCGACUUUUUAAUGUUCAUUACUUUUAUUGGGAAAACCAGAAAUCACAAACUUAAAAAUAAUAUUAAAACCAAAUGCUAAGAUUAAUAGGUAAUAUGAUAGGCAAAGCAUGUGUUAUAUUAAUGAACAUUGAAUGAUGCAGUCCCUUCUUUUGUUCACAUGGUGGAAACAUUUCUUUGAUGCUCAACUACCUUCAGCAAGAAUUGUUCUAUUGCCCAUCCCUGACCAAAUCGUUAAACUUUUUAAUCAGAGCCUCUUUCUGCUGUAUCAUCGACCACCUCAAGAGCAUUCACAUGGCUUCUUAGAGAAUCAUGCUAGUAUUCUGUCAUGUCGAGGAUCCCAAACCAUUCAAGGCAUGUCUUUGCUUUAUUAGUAAUGAAAUAGCUCAGGUAUUUUCCUUCAAAAACUAAAUUUUUACCCUGUAAUCUUUUCAUUUCCCUUUUUCCUUGCAAGCUUGGUUUCUAAAUUUUUAGUUACAUUUUUCUUAUCAACCGGAAUAAUACAAUCGUCUGAAAAUGCCAAUCCUACAUUUGUUUCUGACAGAUACUAAAAGUGUCGCUUAGCAGCUGUGAAAGCACAUUUUUUGGCAUUUGCAUAUGGGUAAGUGCUCAGAAGUGCAUAUCCAAAUCCUUCUUUGGAGCCCACCAAGUUAAAUUGUCUCAUGCCAAGUGAACGUAUAUGAGGCUGACAAAAUUUGCUACCUGUUUCAUUCCUUUCAUUUCUCAUUGAAGAAUAUUUAACUGUUAAGUGAAGAGGAAAAUUUUAAGUGCAUAAAGUACCUUUGCCAUUUACCUUGCGUGAUGCAGAGCCCUUGUGAUCCUGAAACUAAAGUCGUUUUGAUACCAACCUUCCAAAUAUAGGAGUGAGAGUUGUAAUAACUGUUUGUAGUCUUCUUUUAGAUGGCUUCCACCUUUUAGGACAUACUGGAUGUAGUUAAUUUUCACUCAUUUUUCUUCUAGAAAGUUUGAACAGGACUUGAUUCAUCUAGCAUUGUCGAAUAUGACUUAUCACAUGAAGCACACAGACUUAGGAACUUUAAAAAAACCUGGAUGUCAAGAACACUUGAUGGUAUGCCACAACACUUCUUUCAAUAUUAGUUCAUAAGUGUGAUGUCAGCUAACCAACCAGAAUAAUGUUCAUCUGAAUUCCCCUUCAAUUCUUGUACAUGCUCCUUCAAUCAAUCCUCUAUUAUAUGCUCUAGUAUCAAAAGAAAUACUGAUGAUAUUGUCACGUGGCCCAAACUCGUCCACUUCCUGAAGAACUACUUCAUCCAUCUGCUCACCAGUGCCUUUCAGGACAACAGGUAUGCCAAGAAAAUGCUCAAAAUCUUUGCCUGUGUAUAGAAAUGCAACUCUGUCUUCCAAAGUACUGGCACUGCCAUGGGCAACUAAGGGCAAAAGUUUACUAUCCCCAAUGCAAGAUGAAAUGAAGAGGUUUCUCAAAGAAUGAUUGUUCGAUGUUUUUGCCAUUUUACUUCUGUUGAUUGUCCAAGCUUGGAAACAGUAGCUGAAGAUAUGGAACUUUUCAAAACAUUGUGGUGAAGGUUCUUUCCAGUUGUUGUAAAUAAAGUGUUUGCUUUUCGAAUAAUUGUUCUCAAUUCCAAGUAGAUGUGAGUGUCUGAUCAAGAGGUUUUAAUCUAGGCCUUGAAUUUAAUUUUUUCAUUGCUGGAGGCAAAAACUGGGCCUCUUCGUCACUAGAUGCUGACAAUAAUGGAUAUGAGUCUUCCAGUGUAACUGUCUUAUUGAUUUCAGUGAUAGCUUUGUAAUGUUUAUUUUCAUUUGAAUAAUUUUUGUCUUCUUUUGUACACUUAGUUCACCUAAGUGUUCUGACAAACUUAUACAAUCUUCUCUUUGUGACCUAAGAAAUUCUUUAUCUUCUUGUGAUAUGCUAAUCAUAUCCAUCACAUUUUGCCUAGAAAUGUCAAAUAACUCAGCAAGAUAAUCUUUCCAAAUCUGCCAUUUCACAUUUUCUUUAUCCAUGUUUCUCGAUUUCUCUUAACCCAGAUUUUGGCACUCUUUGUACAGCUUCUGUGUACCAGUACAGAUAUUCGUCACUGUCUUAACAGGGAUAUUUGCUUUCCUCCACACUUCCUGUAGUUCAGUAAUGGUAGAUUUAACAGCAUCCAAAAGUAUUUCUUUCAUUUCUUACCAAUGGUAAAUAAAAACUAAAAGUACUUGUUCUUUUGAAAGGAGCAGAGCUCCUAAAAGUUAGCUACUAUGCCCUUUUGUAGCAGUCAUAUUUCUUUUUCCAUUUUGAAGUUCACUUGCACAGUACUCACAAGUACUUGCAAAGGAUUAAAGAAAUACUUGAGAAACCCAUUAAUAUAAAGCAUUUGAAUAUUAGAAAUUUCACUAGUUUGAGAUAAAAGUGAUCAAUGUUUGCAACCCCUAAAUAUUAUCCAAUCUUCUUGAAAGUUAGCAUAUAUAUCUUUUACAUCACUCAGACUCGGGGUGUAAGCAUAGUCUUAUGAAAGUCACAUCGUUUGGAAAAUGAAACACCCUGAUGUAUAUUCAUAGCUGCCAAACCUGAAUUGUAGAUUUCUCUGUAAAAUUGUUUACAAAUUUUAACCAAUAUUUAAUUGAUUACUAUUUGUAUUUAAUUUUGUUUUAUAUCAAUUAAUGGUAUGUUGCUAAGUGUAUCUACACAGUGUGUAUGGUAUGCAUAUUAAUUAUUAAUUAUAUUUUCCUCAUAUUUAGAAGUACUUAGAUAAAUAAAAGCUAUUCUUCUGUAUGAAAGUCUUAAGAAAAUUAGCCGAGACAUAAAAUUUUUAAAAAAUAAUUAAAUAUUAAAAUUACCAUACAAUUUAAAAUUCAAAAUCAAGUGCUACUUAAAUAUUAAUAUAUUUUAUGUUAGAAUCACAUUGAAAUUAGCUCAGUAACUUGGAUUGUGCAUUAUAAACUGAAUUUAAAAUAACCUUGGAGUUCUUUUGUAAUUGUGGCCAUGCCUUGCAAAAGCCUCUCACACACUUUUGCUUUUUCAUAUUUCAAGUUUGACAACUAUGAUAUAUUUAGAUGUGCAAUAAUUGCUUUUUAUGUAUUUUAAAAACAUGGUCUUUUAUUAAUGUUAAAAAAUGAAAUUUUAUGUGAAAUGUAUUUUUAUAAUUCUGCAUAUUGUGUACACAGUGUGGCGAUUAGGUAAUUAGAAUGCAUAAAAAAUAGUUACAUAAGUUAUGUAUAUUACUCAAAAUCAUGAAUCUUCUGCAAUAUGGUGGCAUAUUCAAAUAACAAAAAGAUGACUUUUGUUUGUGUCUUACAAAAGUUGAUAAUAAGACAGCUGAUGUCAUAAUUUGGAUAUUUUUGAGAAACAGAGGGGAAAAAAGAGCAAAAGAAAUUUCCAUGGAGGCAGAAAUUGCAAUACAACGUGUUUGGAACAAAGGUUUUAUUAACUGAAUGGUGUAAAUGCAUCACUAAAAGUCAUCUUGGCUAGGUACUUAAUGACUUUUCAAAAUACAAUUUGAUUUUCAAUCAGCAGUUUUACAAGGGUAGUUUUAAAAAAAAAUAUUCUCAUUAUUUAAUUUCUACAUUGUACAUUUGGAAUAUAUGUUUGGUAUAUUAUAACUCCAUUACACAAAUAUCAGUUAUUUACUGAUUUCCCUAACAUUACCAUAUUGAUAUUUAAUUUUUAGUAUUCUCAUUUAAUAUUCUCAUUAUUUAAUUUCUACAUUGUACAUUUGGAAUAUAUGUUUGUUAUAUAUAAUUCCAUUACACAAAUAUCAGUUAUUUACUGAUUUCCCUAACAUUACCAUAUUGAUAUUUAAUUUUUAGUCAAGAACAACGUAUUAAUGAAUGACAAAAUUUAAUAAAAUGGUACUAUUUAUUUUCAUGGUACCCUUUAUCAAAAUGGCGCCAAGUAUAGACUACUUGGAUAUUGUUUAUGGCUGCCGUAUCUUUGUGAACGUCAAGUAGUACCAAUAAAACUUACUUCAAAUACUUCUUGAAAUUCAUUAUUAUCAUUAAGAAAAUGAACAGUUCAUUAUCAAAAGCUUAAGUCAUUUUGUGAAAAAGAUAAAUCAUUUAUAUGUUUUUCAAUUAUAACUGCACUUUCCAAGCUACACAAAAAAAUAAUCACACCAAAAAUAAAUAAAUAAAUAAUAAUAGAAAAAUUCCCAUGGUGGGAUGCACCAAAGUUUUAAAAUUUUUUCAGUGUCCAUCUAUUAAAAAAUAAUAAAUGAAUAAAAUGCCUUAAAAAUGAUGAAAAAUUAUUUAAACUCAAGAAUCUUCAGUUUAUUCUUCAAAUACUACUCAGUGGCAUAAUAUGCUUUGCAAAUUUGCAUAGAAACUGUAAUUCAUAAUUUCUAGCAAUUAAUGAAGCAAAAUUUUGAAAUAAUCUAAUCCCUUAUACCAUCAAUUAGUUUAACUAAUAAUCAGUUUUUUUCAUAUUCAGUUGUAGACAUGUUUUUAAUUAUAUAUAAUUCUUGUGUGAUUAUGAUGGAAAAAAAACAGAUGCAUCAAUUCCAGUUUUGAUAUUUAUAUACUGGAAAGUUAUAAUCCAUCUUUUGUCAUUUAUGCAAAUAUCUCCCUAUUUAAAUCAAAAAAAAAUUUAAUUACAACUGUCAUUCUUUGUACAUUUUAAAUUUAAAUUUUUUGUCUAAAAAAUAUAGUACAAAUUUGCAAUUAUUAUAAAGCAAAAAAUAAUUAAAUCAUUGGUAUAUCUUCUCAAACACUAUCAUCAGUGCUUGCUCUCAAUUCAUGUUAAUGUAAAUAUGAAUUUGCUGGUGUUGAGGGGAUUUUUCUUCUGAUGACAAUUUUCCCUAGUAGACGAUCUGAAUGUUUCUGUAGUUUUUUGUAAAUUCACCAGCUUCUCAAAAAUGUAAGUAUUAUAAGUUUAUUUUAUCAUCUGUAUUAAAUAAUUAACAUUUUAUGGAAUUAAACAAAAUUUUAAGUUUCGAUUUAAUUUGCAGAUUUGAUUACUGUCGUGAAAUAACUGUUUAUACUAUUAAUACUGUUUUUAUUUAUAACAUAUAAUAUAAAGUGUUAUAAAAAAUAA